UAGCCGUAGGAAAGUACAGUCGAUUCGCGCCGUAACGUUCGCCCGCUCGAGUGUGGCGCAACUCCAAACCCCGUGCAUUUUGGAGAUUCAAAGUACUCAGACGCAAGUGUCAUUUUUGUUGGUGAAAUAGUUUCUAGUUUUCUAAACAAUUUUCCAGGAUUGCAUAUUUUUUUAAAACUAGUGACAAAUUUGGAUGAUAAAAAGCAACGGAUGCUGUCGUGUGGAUGAGUGUUGGAGAGUUCGACAGAGUGUUGAUUAGAGUGGUUACUAAACGUUUUUCCCUUUUCGAAGGGGGGACAGUUUCGAAUAACCGGUGCCGAUAGAUUCGACAGUGAGGGAGACACCCAGGAGAGCAUCAACGGCCACCAUGAAAUAUAACUCUAAAAUGUUUCUGCUAGCGACGGUUAUAUUGUCGACAGCAAUCAUCACCACCGAUGGCCAGUUCCUUCCCGGACCCCGGUACAGCUUAGACAACAUGCCUAAGACCAGUUUCUCCUGUCGGGAUAAAAUCCUUGGCGGUUACUACGCCGAUUCGGAAACGCAGUGUCAAAUGUUUCACGUGUGCGUCAAAGUAGCUGGUAUUGGAGUGCAAGACUUCAGAUUCCUCUGCCCCAACGGCACGGCUUUCGAUCAGGAAGCUCAGAUAUGUGCCGAUUGGGGCGACGUUGACUGUGAAGCAGCCACGCUGUACUAUGGCAGUAACAAUUUCGACCUGUAUCGCAUUGGGUCCGGCUUUGAGAGCAAGCGGGCCCCCUACGCAGAGGAGGAAGAAGAAGCCACCUUCCAUCUUCAACGGGCUGAAACUAGUGAUGCGAGACGCAGCAAGCAGUACAUUGUAAACCAAAGCUCCAAACCUCAAGGGCCCCCAGUGCAUAAUCCAAAUCAGAUUCCGUCUGCACCGAAACCACACCAUCACCAUCGUCCUCCUGCGCCUACAAUGACGACAACGACGUCCACCACCACCAGCACAACGUCCAAACCAACCACGACUUCUUCUUACAACGCAAACGAUAAUUACUAUAACCAGCAGCAUCAGAAGCAAAUUCAACAGAAGCAGCUUCAGCAGAAACAGCAGCAGUUGAUCUACAAUCAACAGCAGCAGAUCCAGCAGCAGCAAUACCGCCAGUUGACAGCAGCUGCCGCAACUGCUACCCCUGCCGAUCACCGUCAAUACAACGAUAUCCGUACGACCACCCCAACUACUUUUGCAAGCAAUCAGAGACCACAGAAACAACAGCAGCAACAACAACAGCAGCCACCACAGCACAACGAUCAGAAUAAUGAUGAAAUCUUCCGCGGAUCGCACAGUUCCCACUUCUACAAUAACCGUAACAACGGAAAGGAAGAGUUCGAUGAUGAUUACGUGCGGAAACCGACUCAGCCGACAACUGUACGUCCAUUGCAAAGUGCCGGAAACGGCACGAGAACCCAACCUAGGGGACGCAAUCGUGGAAGAGGCUCCAUUCGAGCGCACAACUUGAACAUCGUCCAAAAUGAGGUCAAACCGACUCAAGCGCAGAAAACUCGUUUACAGUCGACAACGCCUGAAGAUUUUGUUGAAGUAGCUAAAAUUCCCAACUACCACAAGGGAAGCACCAACUACAGACAGCAACCUACGACUGUUCUGCAGCCACAGAACGGUAACCAGAUAAGCUUCAGUCAAUCACCAGCGUCAACACCAGCACCAUUUUCACGGGGACAACAACGUCCAGUGCCGAGCGCCGUCACGGACCGCACAAGUAGCGCAUUCUUCCACCAUCAGCAAACGAAUACAACACCCGCAAGACCGCAGCAAUCGUCACAAAACUUUCAACAAUCCCAGCAGCAGCAACGAUAUCAAACCCUUUCGAAUUCGUCGAUAGCUGCUUCGGCCAACCCGUCGACAUCAACCCACGCUCCAAACAUUAACUUUCAAUUUUUCAAUAGAAAUCCACCGGUGAGCAGCUCUCCAUAUAUCACGACAACUCCUCAAUCAACCAGCUUUCAACGAGUGACGCAAGCUCCUCAAUUCUACAACACGGGUUUCGAGAACAAAGCUACCGAACGAACAAUAGUCACGGAAGCCAGCACAAUAUCCCAGGAAACACUGCGCCCUCGUGCACAACCUCGUCUCUACAACGUAGAUCCCGGUCGUCUUAGCCAGUUUAAUUACAACGAAUAUCAGGGAAGUCGCACCAGCAUUACCACCUCCACGACCACGACAGCACCAACUACAGCUGCUUCCGAAUACAUAACUCCUUCUACCUACAAUCCACUCAACUACAGGCCACAACAGCAGCAACAACAACACCUUCGUCAACACCCACAAUCGUUCAACGCCAAUCUUUAUGAUCCCAGAACCACCUCUACAACAACACCAGCAUCAACAACCACAGCCAGUGUUACUCAAUCGCGAGCAUCACCAAACGAACGGUACCAGGCGAUCUCACGAAGCGCCAGUGAUGGACACACGCCUUCUACCAUAAAAAAAUUCUCCACAUUAGUCCCAAAGGAUCAAUAUAAUCCGACCACCUUCAAACCGAACGCAUUCAGCAAGAAAGCUCUCCUGCAGUUUAUAAUCCAGAAACCCGAAAAACCUCAAGAGAAAAAUGCCCCUACACCCGUGAAAAGCACUAUCUACAUUCCAACCGUUCCUCCUGUGUCCAUCACUACCACAACAACCACUGCAGCUCCAGUAGCCUCUCGGAGGCAGUACAACACUUACUUCCAACAGCCACAACAACAGGUUCAUACAACAACCACCACAAGCAGCACAACAACAACCUCACGACCAACGGAAGUUGACGAAGACGACGGCCAGUACCACCCGGAACUAUACGAGAAAGACUUAUAUCGAAACCGCGUCAAGGCCAAGUUCAACCAAGAACGGAAGCAGAGCCAAAACUACUUCCAGCAGUCCACUCCAGUAUCGCAGUUACUUUCGACUAGCGACGAAGACGAAAUCUUUCGAACGGCACACUCGCAGAACAUCGUCGCCAGUGGUAACGACCUGAUACUGGAACGAGCGCGACAAGCAGCAGCCAAAAUCAACGAAUUUCUAUCAUCCUCAUCGGUGAAACCGACGGCGCCGGCUCCGACCAAGAAGUCCUCCCAGUCGGUCGUGUCAUCCAACAGCAGCAACAGCCAGCGUGUGAAUCCAAGGCCCUUCUCGAAGGCUCCCACGAUUUCACCACAUGCGACCAGCACCAAGAGACCGUCGGAUGACAAGGAAGAAUACGAUUACGCCUACUAUGAUACCGGUAGUCCAGACAUUCCGGAGUACGACGUCAUCGAAGAGUUCGGGCGAACAGGCAAAAAUAAGAAGCAGAACAAAAACUAGGUGCUCUGUUCGCCAACGGUUCGGCAGCAGGAGAAAAACUGUAUAGAUUUUAAAUUAAAUUAACUUAAUUUUUCUCUGAAGAGCGCGAUUUUCAGUGCGCUCAAGAUUUGCGAACCAACUGCCAUUAUUGUGAUUAUCACUGGUCUUUCGCACACACGCAUUCACAGGUUAGCGUCUCAUUUUACCACGAUACUAUGGGAACAGGUAAUCUGGCCUUAACAAAAAAGGGACCACGUUUCACAACGCCAGUAUUCAUUCAAGAUUGUUUAGUUACCAUACGUUUCUGCCUUCACACAUUCUUGAGGCUCCUCUAUCUGUCAUUAGUUUUCGAUAACUCCACUUUGAACAACAGUUUAACUUAAAUUAUUUUAUUUAGCGAGAUUUGUUUCAUACAAUCAACCGUGUGCAACUGUUGUCUGAUAUCGGUUUCUACUAUAACGCCCUACCUAGCUAACACGAGAGCGAUUGUAAAUAUAUUUCAUCUCGAAACGAAAUGUACAUCAAGGAAAAUAAAUAAAAAACGAA